CAACAAAUUUAUUAUCCGUCGAUCUUUCAAUUUCUAUUUAUUUGCGUAAAUUAUUUUACAACUUUUUUUGCGUUUAUUUUUUAUGGAAUCGUAUUGAAGAAAACAAAAUGUGUUUGUUUGCACCGUUGGAUAACAGAAACAUGUCAGCGAAUUUGAAAAAGCACUCGCAACAAAACAUGAAAUGAAUACAUCAAAGCAGCUAUCAGCUACUGAAACUGAAGAACUUCGUGGUGGUUACUUAUGGCAAUUAAAAGCGCCAAUGAAUAGUGUGAUGAGGGCGAUCUUAAAACAUGUUCACUUGCAAUGUUGGCGCUGAUUUCGAACACUACCAAAUGGCAUGAUGGCACGCCAACUCUUUACGAGCGAGUGCCUCGAAUGCUGCUAAACGGCGGCGAGACGUCAAAACGCAAUUUAUAAAAGCUAGCAGCGUGCAGCAAGUUAACGGCAGUUGCAUUUAGAAUUUGACGUUGCGCUGAAAUUGAGCGGAGCUGAGUUAUACUGCAGCAGCUGAGCUAGACUGUAAGCUAACAACGUGGAUUGGUGAAACGGAUUGGCAGGUGAACGAAAGGAUACUCGUGGCAACACUUCACACCGCUGCUUAAAAGAAUUAUACAGGCAGCAUGCGGCUCAGCAACACAAUCGAGUGGCUGCUCAUAGCGAUUGCGAUCAGUUUAAUACUGGAUACAGCCACAGCACGACAUCACCAUCACCCGCUGACGCAACAGCGCCGCAACCACAAUCAGCCACAGCAAACGCAAAUCAAACAUACACAAUUUGCGCAGCGUCAAGGUCGUGCCGCUACCGCCAACAGUUGGUUUGGGCCGGAAUUUAUGAUAGCGCGACGCGUUUAUGAAGAUUGUCAGGAGAAGAAUGAUUUCAUCGGUUGUCUCAAACAAAAGGCACUGACUGCGCUUUCGCGUGCGCUCGAACAGGAUUCCAUCAAAAUUGUUGACGGUCUUGUUUUGGAGAAGCAGAAUAGCACUGAGAAAGAAAGUAUUCUCAGUUCGAUAGCUGACGGACGUGCGCUCAGCUCACUAAGUUCCAUCGAUCGUGCAUUGCUUGCCAAAAUUGACAAGUUGAUGCGUACGCAUGCGUUAAAAAUGGAUAUGAGUCAAGGACGUGGGCAUGGCGAUGACGACGAUAAUGGUGGCCAUAGCCAGAAGAAUAAGAAUAAGGACGGUGGUCAUAUGAAAUAUGUAAUUGCGGCAUUACUCACCGCCAUGGGCAUUGCCGGACCCAUUGGUUUGAAGGCGUUGGCAGCGAUCGCAACAAAAGCUUUGGUCAUUAGCAAAGUGGCGCUGACAAUUGCCGGUAUUAUUGCGCUAAAGAAAUUAUUCUCACACGAUCAUCAAGAAGAGUCGAGCUUUCAGGUACAUGCCGGCGAUCAUAAUCGACGUAGCACGUACUUGAUACGUCCGGUGAACAAACCGCAUCAGCCGACAGCAUCUGGCGGUGUUAGUCAAUAUUCAGAUCCAUAUCGUUACUACUAUGAAUAUCAUUAAUUGUUACAUAUAUAUAUAUUUUAUUUAUAUAAUCAACUGUUUAUAUAAUCAGAUGUUAAAUAUAAGUUUUCAUUCGAAAAAAAUACAAGCAGCUAAAACACCAAAUAAAUACUUCUCAUAGGUGCAUUUCUUAU